GACCUGGGAGGAGUGUCUGUGACAUGUGCCAUCGUGCCUGCGUGUCCCCAGAGCUUGGUAUGCAGGGCUCUGCCUGCCCACCCUCUGGGCACCCCACAGAUGGGCUUGGGUGGUCAUCCCAUGGUGCCUGGGUGCCCUGGUCCCCAUGUGCCCCCCUGUUGGGGCACAGAAGGAGUGGGGCAAGAUUUGGUGUCACAUUGCCUGCCACCCUGGUGCCGCUCUGACCACUAGGCCAUGGGAAGCCUGGCAGAUGGCUGAGCGUCUGUCUGUCCUUCCUGGCACUCUUGUGGCUUUGCAGGCGCAUGGCAGCAGGUGAGAAGUUUGCAAGGACUCAGCUCCCAGCAGUUAACUGAGCACCAUGAUGCCAGAGUGCAGGGCUGGUACCACUCAGCACUGCUGCUCAGCAUCAGCCCCAGACACAAAGUUGUGGCCUGGGGAGGGGGCACUCUGAGCUGGGAAUUGGGAUUCAGUGUGUCCCUGCCCUGAAUGGACUCCUGGGAAGUGGGCAUGCUCACGCUCCUGGUGCCCUCCCAGCACCCCAAGGAAAAUGAGCUCUGGUAUGCAGUGGGCUCCUGCAAAGUUCAGAGUGGCACUCGCACCCUAAAAGACUCCCCAGCACUCGGAACAGGAAGCUGCAGUUGCCAUGGGGUGUAGCAGGGAUGCAGUAGUUACCAUAGGAGUGGAACACAGAUUGUUGUGCCACAGCUGCCAGGGAAGGGGAUCCAGUCCAGCCUGUGAGGCCCUGCAGCUGCUCUGCUCGCCAUGGAUCUCCUUGAUUCCUUUCCUUUCAGCAUCCUCCUGGUCCUGCACCUGCUGGUCUCGUACCCGUAAGCCACUCCACUGUAGCACCCAUGGGGUGGCAGAGCUGCCCUUUCACAUUACCAGCUCACCCUGCUCCGUGACCACAGCUCUGUGCCCUGUUCCAUCCCACAGGUACAGCUGGCUGGCCCUGCACAGCUUGCCACUGGGUCCCUUCUUCACCACCAUCCUCCUCAUCCAGGCUGCCACCAGUCUGCUGGCAUUCAGCUUCUCCAGCCUGGAGUUCCUCCGGACAGGAAGGACCCAGAGGGAUGUGCUGGAGCAGAGCAGCACAGUGAGGCGGCAGCGCUGCCACCAUUCCUGCUGGCAUCAAUUCCUCUGCCUUUGCUGUGAUAGCUGCAAGAAGCAUUGCCAGGCACCGAGGCAGAACAUCAGGUCCCAGCAUUGCCCACGGCAUCGUUCCACCAUCUCCUAUUACCGCUGCAUCCACCUCCUGUUGACGGUCGCUACAUCCCAAUCCGUGGCAGUGCAGCUGUCCUGCAUCCUCCUCCCGCUGCUCUGCCCCCUGCAGCCCAUCACCCUGCAGAAGAUCGACGUAAUCACGGUCACCCUCUUCACCAUCCUCUACCUGAACCCUGUCGUGCUCUGGGCCCUCUGGGGCACCCGAGUGCAGCGCACACCGAGGCAGCGGAUACGGCCACAGGGCACCAGAGCAGUGGAUGGCACCAUGACGCAUCGAUGCUCCACACAGCUCAAUCCCACUGUGCAGGCACUUGAGCGCAAGGAGGCUUACACCUGCCUAUGCUGUGCCCUAUGGAAGUCGAGUACUGAGACCAUCGCUACCAACUCCUCCGUGAGCUCACCACCAUCCAACAACUGCUCGGUGCUGGCAGUGUGGACAUCACCCCAUCUGGAUGCAGCAAUGUCCCAGGAACAGGAGAGCCAGCAGCCACUCCUGUCCUCACAGGCUGCUGCCUCAGGUAAAGGCCAGGAGGAUGAGCAGGAGCUGAAGGCAGAGCCCAGUGCCAUGCCAGGUAACCAGGACACCAAGGAGUGACAACCAUCAACGACACUGAGGCCAGCUGGCACGCAUGGGAAGGCAGUUCAUUCACCCAGUGUUCAUGCUGUGGUCCGUUUGGAUAAACAGGCAAUAAACACUUCCCUCCAUGCACUUUUCUGCCUGGGACUGUGAGCUGCAGAGUCCAUGUGGCUGGGGAUGGUGACACCUGCACAGCACCACUGCCCCCACCCCAUGGCUUUGGGUUCAGGGCAGU